UCUCAACCAGUUCAAACAAUAUCAGUUCGUUAUAGCUUAUCAUAACAUAACUAUGGCAACGGCAAAUCCCCUACACGCGCACCGCUACGCGCCCGCUGCUGCUCCAGCACAACAAGUGGUCACAGUCACGCACACGCACAUGACAGCUACCUCGGCGCCACUAUGCUUCGAAUGCGGCAGCGCCAACCCUUGCCACUGCAAGAUGUUCGGUCCGCUGCUGGGCUUCGUUGUUGGCGUGUGUGUUGCAACCGUGGCCUACCCCAUCGGUGGAUGCCUGUGGUGCGUGAAUCGGCCGACCUCUACGCGGUUGCUGGCAGCGCCGGCGGACAUAUACCACCUCACCAACGCGACGAUACCCAUCUAAGCUAGGCUGGCAAGACAGCGUUCUGUUAUGCGGUAGAGGGUCGCAGCGCUGUCGGAGCUCGGGCAGCAGCUUUGGUUUGAGCUCGGGCGGAGUGUGUCAGGCUAGUAGGGACUAGUGCUAAAUUAAAGACUCGCGAGAUUCGUAAAUUAUCAUGACACACUGGUGUAUACACGCAUACCGGUACCGCUUGCCGUCAGACAUGUGCUUCAAGACCAGGGCACGGGCAGGCAAGGUCCAUGCCACGCGACGUGUCAAGGCUGGAACAAAUAAAUACCUUGAUCUUGACGCAACAGUAUUGCGACCUGGUAGGCUGAGUGACGACCGGAAAUGAAAGGGCUGUUUCCAUUUAGUGGGACUGAGCAAUCCGGCUGUAACCAGGGCUGCACAGCACGGACAGGGGAACCCCUGCGCACGAGUGUACUCUGGCUGUAAUAUCUUCCCUUUCGACAAUCGUGCGAUGCCUGGAUGCAACGCUGCAAGUAUACAGUCCUCUUGAUGCGUGCUCAAAAGGAAUGAGAACCGGCAACAGAAAGGUAACAUGUGAAUGCGCUACUGACUGCCUACUCUCGUGCCACCACUCCGCCGUCCGCUCUGGUCUACGUACGCAUUCGUUCCCACCACACUCGUCAUUAAUUAGAAAGCUCUGGCAGAUGGGCACUGGACAUGCCAGCCCAUGUCAGUCGUUUGCCGUGGGGAAAGGCGACCGAGCCGGCAGUUAGAACACGAUAUGUUAAGGGCUCCCACGCGUAUACGUGUCCAUGGAGCCAGAGCGGGGGGAGGGUGCGUCUGUGGGGACGGCGGGUGGGUGAGAUGCCAUCCUGUUAAGGACCGCGAGCAUGAAUGUUAAGCGAGUGUGUAAGUAUGAUGACACUAGCUUGCUGGGCCAAGGGCGGGUCAUGGCAACUUGGAAACGAGCGAGGAGCUCGGGCUGUGAUUGAAAACAUUCUUUGCCGUAAGCUGCAAGACCACCGCUCGUGUGUAAGUCGGUGACAUGAUGAAGACAAGCACGAAUAAAUU